AUGACAGCGACUAAUGGCGUUGAAAAUGAUUCCAAUGAGAAGCUGUACGAUACAAUCGUCAAAAAACUGGAUACCUUAUCGGCAAUCAAAUUCGCUGCUUAUCGUGUCGCUUGUAAACUUCGUGUCUUGCAAAAAUAUCUGAAAUUGACUUAUGUAGACUACAAUGUUCUCGUACGAGCCUUUAAUACUCAUCAAAUUCAAUUUGACGUAGAAACGAAAUACAUAAGUAUAGAUGAAGCACGACAAGUUCUAACAGCGACUUAUGAAUUGAUUUCAACGUAUCAUUUCAAUGCACUGAGUGUCCAAGACACAGUAGAAGCUUUAUUAACGUUUUUAUGUGAAAUUCUUGAUGUGAAGCCUAAUGAAGAUUUGGACUUGAAUUCAUUUAAAAUCAUACUUUUCGCAUUGUCAAAUGCCAAAUUACCUGAAAAAUAUCGAUGUUUCUUCCGACAAAUCACAUCGCCAAAUGUCAUUGCGUCGCAAGUGAAAUUGACUGAACUCUUUGAAAUACUUCUCAAACUGCCAAAUUACUUUGACGAUGUUGAAUCUUUUCAUACGGAUAGCAUACCUGCUUGUGUACAAAGUUGUCUAGAUCAUACUCAUGAUGGAAUUAUCCGUGAAGAUAUUUUUGUCAAUUGGAUGGGGCGCGAACCGCAGACGUUAGUCUGGUUACCUACAUUGCAUCGUUUAAUGGCUACUGAAUCCAUUCGUCACGAAGCACAAUGUAAUACCUGUAAAGCAUAUCCGAUUAUUGGCAUGCGUUAUCGGUGUCUCCGCUGUUUCAAUUACGAUCUGUGUCAAACAUGUUUCUUCAAAGGUGAUCAUGCAAAGAAGCAUGAUGGAUCGCACCCGAUUGAAGAAUAUUGUAAACAAGUCACACCAAUUGAGGAUUUGAAAGCAUUCUUCGAAUUUUUCAAAUUAAAAGUUGGCAAGAAUGAAUUAAAACGCAAAGAACGCUAUUUAACAAUUGAUCGGUCAAAAUCAUUCUCGGAUUCACCAAUUCAUCAAGCCAAUCAACUGCUCGCAAAAGAACAUCAUUCGUUAACUCGCGAGGAGAAAAUCUCGAAAAAACCUCAGCUUCAAGAUAUCUAUCGUCCAAUACCGAAGUCCACAGGUGAUAGUUGUAAUGUAGAUGACGAAAGUAGUGCACCUCUCACUGGUUACGACAAUGUUCAAUUGCCUGAAAGAAAGAAGGUACAAAAAUCUGAAUCUGUCACCGAUCAUGAACAAAUACAAACGAAGAAAACAAGCUAUAUGAAUAUCGAACAGGCCAAAGUCUCGUCGCCAAAAAAGACACAGUUGCCUGAUGAUGAUGCACCAAUGCUCAUGCCUAAACAACACAAACCAAUGAGUAAAUCAUCUUUAACAAAGAAGUAUACGGAUGAUUUAAUUCAUUCGGAGCAUUAUCAACUACCACCGAAAACUAAUGGUAGCGCUAAGAACGUCGACGACGAUGAUGAUGAGAACGAGUAUCGACCACCACUACCACCUAAACUUCGUCAACAGAAUAAUACCUCUCGUGCGCUGGUCUAUGAUUUUAUUGGUAGUGAAUUACAAGAACUUCGUGCAACUCUUGCUCAAUUUGGUGGAAACUCUACACAAGCUUGA